UCCCUCUCCCUCUCUGUCGUGCGCACUACACAGAUGCUCACGCGGUUUGGAGCACGUCUGUCUCUUGUGCGCAGUCUUGCGUACACAUUCUAAACUAGACAAGGCAAUCAGCCACCUCUCAGCCCAGACCAAAGUGCAACUCAAACGUUACUUUAGACGCUCCACUUUGUUUUCAUUUGGAAGACUGCCUUUCAGCGACAGAAAAACGAAAUAACGAAGAGAAAGAUCUGCUCCUGAGGAGGGGGGUGCUGCCUCUAACAUGAAUCUCUCUGAGGAACAAGACACCAGCCAUGGAGCUAGGAGGAUGGGGGGAUCUAGCUCUAACAGGAGGUCACACUCCCCUACACCCACCUGUGUGUCCAUGAAGAGUGAUCAUUCCAAGGCAGGAAUCAUCAACUUCACAGGAGGAGACUCUUCAACUGGAUGGUUGGGGGGAUCUAGCUCUAACAGGAGGUCACACUCCCCUACACCCACCUGUGUGUCCAUGAAGAGUGACCAGUCCAAGAGAGGAAUCAUCACCUUUACAGGAGGAGACUCUUCUACUGGACAGAUGGGGGGAUCUAGCUCUAACAGGAGGUCACACUCCCCUACACCCAGCUGUGUGUCCAUGAAGAGUGACCAGUCCAAGAGAGGAAUCAUCACCUUUACAGGAGGAGACUCUUCUACUGGACAGUUGGAGGGAUCUAGCUCUAACAGGAGGUCACACUCCCCUACACCCAGCUGUGUGUCCAUGAAGAGUGACCAGUCCAAGAGAGGAAUCAUCACCUUUUCAGGAGACUCUUCAACUGGACAGUCAGACUCACCCGUCUCUGCCGAAGAGGUGAUGGUGCCUCCAUCAAAGAUCAGAAGACUAGGAGACUCUUCUGCUGGACAUUGCCAACUUGGUCCAAUACAUUUACAAAUGCAUCAGAUCCACAAGUAUAAUCUGCAGAAGAUGUUUCAGCAUCUGAUUGAGGGUGUACCAAAUCAGGGAGACACCAGGCUCCUCCAUGAGAUUUACACAGAGCUCUACAUCACAGAGGGGGGAAGAGGAGGGGUCAAUAAGGAACAUGAGGUCAGACAGAUAGAGAGAACAUCCUGGAGAGAAGCAGCACAAGACAGACCAAUCAAAUGCAGUGACAUCUUUAAACCCUCAUCUGAACAAGACAAACCCAUCAGAACAGUACUGACAAAGGGAGUGGCUGGCAUUGGAAAAACAGUCUCUGUGAAAAAGUUCAUUCUGGACUGGUCUGAAGGAAAAGCCAAUCAGGAUGUCCACUUCAUAGUUCCUCUUCUUUUCCGGGAGCUGAACCUGAUGAAGGAAAAGAAACUCAGUCUGGUGGAUCUUAUUCAGCACUUAAUCCCUGGAAUGGAAGAUCCAACAGUUUUCAGCAGUUCACAGAACAGAGUCAUGUUUAUCUUUGAUGGUCUGGAUGAGUGUCGACUUCCUCUAGAUUUCGACUCCAACCCAAGGUGUUGCGAUGUGACAGAGCCAGCCUCAGUGGACGUGCUGCUGACAAACCUCAUCGAGGGGAAUAUGCUUCCCACUGCUUAUCUCUGGAUAACCACCCGACCCACAGCAGCCAAUCAGAUCCCUCCUGAGUGUGUGGACCAGGUGACAGAAAUAAGGGGAUUCAAAGACCCACAGAAAGAGGAGUACUUCAGGAAGAUAAUCAAUGAUGAGAACAUGGCCAGCAAAACCAUCACACACCUGAAGUCAUCAAGGAGCCUCUACAUCAUGUGCCACAUUCCAGUCUUCUGCUGGAUUUUAGCCAUUGUUGUUGAGAGAACUUCAGAUGAAUCAGAGAUAGUAGACAUGCCAAGGACACUGACUCAGAUGUACACACACUUCCUGAUCAUUCAGACAAGCACCAAAGAAAAAAAGUACACAGAGAGAAAAGAGACAGACGAAGAGAUGAUUUUCAAACUGGGGAAACUGGCUUUCCAACAGCUGGAGAAGGGCAAUCUGAUCUUCUAUGAGGAAGACCUGCGAGAGUGUGGCAUUGAUAUCACAGAAGCAUCAGUGUACUCAGGAGUGUGUACUCAGAUCUUCAGAGGAGAGUCUGGGCUAAACCAGGUGAAGGUGUUCAGCUUUGUGCAUCUGAGCAUUCAGGAGUUUCUUGCUGCUUUAUAUGUGUUCCUCUGCUUCAGCAACAGAGAGAGAAACAUGCCUGACCUACAGCAAACCUCUCAGCUCUCUGGUCUGUUCAGAGCUGAAACACUUAAUGACCUACACAAGACUGCAGUGGAUCUGGCCUUGCAGAAUCGGAAUGGACAUCUGGACCUUUUCCUCCGCUUCCUUCUGGGCCUCUCACUGGAGUCUAAUCAGAAUCUCUUAAGACACCUUCUGCCCCAGACAAGAAGCCUAUCACAGAGCUCAGGGAAAACAGUCCAGUAUAUCAAAAACAAGAUCAGAGAUCAGAAUACCUCAGACAGAAGGAUCAACCUGUUCUACUGUCUGAAUGAGCUGAAUCACCAUGCUGUAGUGGAGGACAUUGACAAGAGCUCAGGAACUCUCUCUGUAGAAAUGCUCUUACCAGAAGAGAGGGAGACUAGGAGGUUUACCUUUAAGAUUCCAGACGAGCAGCUGGAUGAGUUUGACCUGAAGAAGUACAUAAAAACACCAGAGAAAGAUCUGACUGACUUCCUCAGUCCAGAUGAUAUUCUUCAGAGGCUGGUGUCAGUGGUCACAUCAGCUUGGCUGAGGUGUUGUUCCCUCACGGAGAAGAGCUGUGCUGCUUUAGCAUCAGCUGCCAGAUCAACCUCCUGCUGUUUGAAGGAGCUGGACCUGAGUGACAACAAGCUUCUUGAUGCAGGAGUUCAACCUCUCUCAGACCUCCUCAAGAAUCCCCACUGGAAGCUGGAGAAUUUAGUGCUGAUACAUUGUUCCCUCACAGAGAAGAGCUGUGCUGCUUUAGCAUCAGCUGUCAGCUCAACGGCCUGCAGUUUGAAGGAACUGAAUCUGAGUAACAAUAAGCUUCAUGAUGCAGGAGUUCAGCAUCUGUCAGACCUCCUCAAGAAUCCCUACUGCAAACUGGAGAAACUAGUGCUGGAAUGGUGUUCCCUCACAGAGAAGAGCUGUUCUGCUUUAGCAUCAGCUGCCAGCUCAACCUCCUGCAGUUUGAAGGAGCUGAACCUAAGUGGCAAUGAGCUUCAUGAUGCAGGAGUUCAGCAUCUUUCAGACCUCCUCAAGAAUCCCGGCUGCAAACUGGAGACACUCGUGCUGUGGCGUUGUUCCCUCACAGUGAAGAGCUGUGCUGCUUUAGCAUCAGCUGCCCGAUCAACCUCCUGCAGUUUGAAGAUGCUGGACCUGAGUGGCAAUAAUCUUCAUGAUGCAGGAGUUCACCAUCUCUCAGACCUCCUCAAGAAUCCCCACUGCAAACUGGAGACACUAACGGUGAUUGAUUGUUCCCUCACAGAAAAGAGCUGUGCUGCUUUAGCAUCAGCUGCCAGAUCAACCUCCUGCAGUUUGAAGGAGCUGGACCUGAGUGGCAAUAAUCUUCUUGAUGCAGGAGUUCAGCAUCUCUCAGACCUCCUCAAGAAUCCCCACUGCAAACUGGAGACAUUAGUGCUGAUGCGUUGUUCCCUCACAGUGAAGAGCUGUGCUGCUUUAGCAUCAGGUGCCAAAUCAACCUCCUGCUGUUUGAAGGAGCUGAACCUGCGAGAAAAUGAGCUUCAUGAUGCAGGAGUUGAGCAUUUCUCAGACCUCCUCAAGAAUCCCCACUGCAAACUGGAAAAACUAGAGGUGGAUGGUCUUCAUAAAGGAGCAGCAGCCUCCGCUAGCAGCAGGUAAAACAGCCCCAGCAAGGCCAGGUGAAUGUGACAUUUUGGCUUAUAGAGCGAUCCAGGUGAAAGUGAGAACCUUACAACCAAAACAUA